GACGAGUUAAUUGAUGAAGAGCUUUCAAUGUACCAGGGAAUUCAGUUCUUUAGGGGCGUCAUGGAACCUGUGAAGAAUGUAAUAUUUAUCUGUUGAAAAUGUUUGUGUAUGGUGGUUUGUCAAAUGUGCUCCAUUAGUCGUGAUUUUAUCAAGAAGUCGAAUAAAUUCAGACCUGAAACUGGCUUGUUCUAAUUCAAAAAUAGAAACAGUUGACGCCAAGGUGCAAUAAGUGACUUCGAUGGGUUUUGUGGACUUUUUGUAGAAACAAAAUGUUGCUGUUCUUGCGAUUACGAAGGGCCCUACAUUUUUCUGUUUCAAUCGUCCUUAUUGCUUUCUGUGCAGAUGGUGACGGGCUUCAAUCCUGGAUUGAGCAACCUCAAUAUCAAGAAGUCAAUCCCAAUGGCAAUGUGGUCAUUAUUUGCAAAGUUCGCGACAAACAGGGCGAGUGUCGAUGGGAAAAGGACGGAUCUCCCGUUGGAAUUUAUCCCAAUAAAUAUGAAUGGGCCAGUCAACCCGAAGAAGGAGACUGUUCUCUCAAGAUUGUCAAUGCCACCCUUGAAUAUGAUGAUGGGGUUUGGCAAUGUCAAGUUACUCCAGGUUCAUUUGCUUCCAAGGAUGCUUUGAUUUCACAAGGGGCAGAGCUGGUGGUGAGAGAAGCUCCCCAAGAGAUCCACAUUCAAAGGGUUGGAGAAGAGGGGAAGGAAAUUAUUGAUUCAGCGGGCGAAGAACUUGAAUUGGAAUGUGUUGUGUCCGGGGGAAAUCCUCCAGUGAAGAUCCGUUGGUUCGAAAAUGAUGAUGAGAUCCAAACAGGUCAUACUCAAGAGAAUAGUCGAAUCUCAGGUCAAUCCCGAACUUGGAUAUCAGUCUCCAGGCUGAACUUACCUGUAAGCAAAAGUGACGACGGUGCUUUUAUCAAGUGCCUAGCUAACCACCCUACAACUCCGGAACCCAUGUCGGUUCAAACAUGCAUCACUAUAUAUUAUCCACCAACAGUCAUCAUUGAAACAUCUCCCUUGGAAUAUCUCGAAGAGGAAAAAGACCCUGCCACACUUCGUUGUAUGGCAGAUUCCAACCCUCCAUCGACAAUCUUAUGGAGAAAGGAGGGUCUGAAUGGAAUAUUCAGCCCAGAUGAAGAAAUCAAUUUCAGUCCUGUGACGCGGCACACCGCAGGUGUUUACAGUUGCACUGCAGAAAAUCCUUUGGGCAUGAGUAAACUGGCUUUCAUUGAACUUGACGUAAAAUACUCUCCCUUAAUACUGUCAGUGGGACCGUCGCGUAUUGUCGCGGCUCAAAGAAACAAGAAAGCCCUGCUCAAUUGCGAAGCCGAGGGUAAUCCCCCCCCACAAUACCAAUGGCUACAAAAACUCCCUACUCAGGAAGUGUUCAUUCGGGGUCACGAAAAGACACUUGUUAUUGAUAACGUUACGUACAACCAUCAAGGUGAAUUUGUGUGCAAAGUUAUGAACACCAUCAACGGCGAAGAGCGUUCAGUGCAAUCGGAACCUAUUCGCGUGGAAGUGAGCGGAGCCCCGCAGGUCAUGAAAUAUGAAGCUCAUCAUGAGGUGCAAGUUCAAAAUGGAGAAGAUGCCACCCUAGAAGUGUUAUUCUGUGCCGAUCCCCCACCUAAACAAGCGUGGCAUUUAGGAGAUCUGAGCCUUGGAUCAAGCACUAACGGAAACAGUGACAUCAUUUUAGCUGCUGGCACAGGUCAUGGCCGAUUCAUCGCAGAGAGCGCUCGAAAAGCAGAUCGAGAAGAUUGCUAUGUGUCCGUACUACGCAUCAACGGGGCUCACCCAAUGGAUAGUCACACAUAUCAAUUGAAGCUUUCCAACAGCCACGGGUCAGAUGUGCAUACAAUUCAUCUUGUUGUUAGAGACCACGUCUCUCAGGAAUCCCUUAUUGCAGUGAUCGUGGGAGCAAUACUCACGUUUUUGUUGCUCAUUCUCAUUUGUAUUUAUUGUUGUAAAAGUAGUCGACGCGGAUGUGGCGGAACAUCAAAUGACAAUAAGAAAAACUUCAAAGCAUCCGAUCUCGAAAGUGAACGUACAGACGUAGAAUCAACCCACAGCAGUAGCCAUGGGAUUAACUACCCCGAAAAGACUUUGGUAAUUCCUCCCGACGCACUCUAUGGGACGGUCAAUUACAAAGUGCAACAAAGUGGUUACUUCUCGUACGAGUCUCAAGCCAUGGAGGAAGUAAAGGAAAGUAUGAGUCAUCGCUCGCACGAUUUGAUCUCCAACUUAGAUCGAACUUUAAGUACAAGUGCAGUGUUUAACCACUCAACCGCUCCUCAAAAACAUGAUGCCAUGGGCUUUUAUCGCACAGAAGCCUCGCCUGUUGGACUCUUCCCGGAGAUUUCUAGCCUUCAAAAUAGUGCACAAUUCCUCCAUCAUCAUAAGUACCACCAGCACCAACAGCAGCAUCAACCCACAGGCCCGCCGAGAAUCGUCUACAAUGAUCUCUGCAACUUUCCAAAAACGAGCAACUAUGGAUCGAUGAAAAAAAAGAAGAACAAAGACCAAUACCAAUGCAAUAACGUAGGUGUCUCAUGCCUAGUAAGUCAAUCAGAUUACCCCGAGGCCCACAGUAAUAGCCCUUAUGGAAAUCGCUACGAUCAACCCUGAAUAGACUUACUCUGUCCGUCUUAAGUUUUGAAUUAAGCUUCGAAAAAAAUUGAGCAAGUUCGAUGAUAUCGUGGGUGGUCGUUCAAACAAAAGAGAUCACGAAAGAAUCAUUUUGGGUUGGUUGCACUUUUCUACAUACAUUGACUGCUUCAGUCAUAAAAACACGUGAAAGUUCCAGAAUUCGCAUCAAGCCCUGAAAUGACAGAGAGUACUGCCAAGGACAAGAAAAUUUUUAUGAUUGAUAACUUUUCUAUUUUGGUUUGGGUUUUCACGAGCUUUUCUAACCGCUACAGUUAAAUGGUUAUCAGAAGCCGUGAUUGAAUAAGAACCUCCUUGAGGGAACGAAUUGAUUUUUUGCAGAGGUAAAGGCUGGUGUUACGUAAGUCGCAAGAGGUAAAACAACAUCAACAACAAGAAAUACUGAUGACGCACCCGAUUUCCUACAUAAAAAUUCCUACUGACCUGGAAAAAGAAUAUUGCUUUGCUGUCUUGCUUAUGAUGGCCCUCGUUUGGCGUAACAGUGUUCUCACCGAAGCCAUUUAAGACCAGAAGGCUUAACACGUCAGGCCACGAACCAGUCUUUUUUUCCAACAUAGACAAAACCAUACUAAACUAACAAAAACGACAGUAACUACUAAAUAAAUUGUUGUACUCCCUAUGAAAUAAAUUUAGUAGUGAAAGAUUGGUUUUGUACAUGAUGUUAAUGUUUCACAUGAAUUGUUAAUAAAAGCCAUAAGCACUGA